AGUAGAGAAUUCACUUCUACAGUGGGACUCCUUUUCAAACACCUCUCUCUCUCUCUCUCUCUCUCUCUCUCUCUCUCUCUCUCUCUCCUUAUAGAUAUACAAAUGAACUUUGAAGAUGAUCAGUCUUCAGCUUCUUCACCAUCUUCUUCCUCAAGUGACGACAUUAUAAGAAACCCUAGCAUCCCACCUUCACCGACGAGCGUGCCCAUUUUGCACAAGAAAAAGGCCGGGAGGAAGAAGUUCAGGGAGACGCGCCACCCGGUUUACAGCGGGGUUCGCCUGAAAAACUGCAACAAAUGGGUGUGCGAGGUGCGCGAACCGAACAAGAAGUCGAGAAUAUGGCUAGGGACCUUCCCCAGCCCCGAAGCGGCCGCCAGGGCACACGACGUGGCUGCCCUGGCGCUCCGCGGCGAAGCGGCCAAACUUAACUUCCCCGACUCCGCUGAGCUGCUUCCGCGAGCCAAGUCGUCUUCUCCCAGGGAUAUUCAAGUGGCGGUUCUCGAAGCCACGAGGACAUUCCGGUCGAUGAGGCUGUCGUCCUCGUCCUCUUCGUUUAGUUUUUCACCUCGAGAGAUAAAUGUUGCGGAUCAACCAUCAGCGGGAGACGAUGAUCAUUCACCGAGUCAUGUUGAGAGCCAUGGCAAAAGUGUUUUGUAUUCUUCGAAUGCGGUUUUCGUGGAUGAGGAAGCAUUGUUCAAUAUGCCUGGCUUGCUCGAUAGCAUGGCCGAGGGUUUGUUGCUUACGCCACCAGCUAUGAAGAGAGGAUUCAAUUGGGAUGACAUGGGUUUUGAUCACGUGGACGUGACUUUAUGGAGAGACUAACUUAGGGUUUUACUAUUUAUUUCUUAGAAUAAAAUAGGGGUAUUGCCCUAACCCAACUUCAUGCUUUGUUGCACAUUUACAAUUAAAUCAUACAAAAUAAUAUAAUA